UGGGGUGGGCCUAGAGGUGGAGAUAAGGUUUCCCAUGGGGGCAACAAUAUUGGGAAUGGGGAUGGUGGUGGGGUUAAUAUCAGCACCGGGGGUGGUGACAUUGGGGACAUCGGGGUUGGAGUUGGGGGUGGGAGUGGCUGUGACCCGGCGGCUUGUGACGCUAAAGUGACCAAUCAGGUUACUGUGACAACGGCAGUGGAUCUCCCAGCUUACUUGGACUUAUCCUUGGACAAACUACGCCAUCCUGCAUUUGUGUGCCAGCAGAUUGCGAUCCUCCUUCUUCUUCUUGUGACAGUCAAUUGCGCGUCCGGCCUGACUUGUUGCAAUGGAGCCUGCACCGAUCUUCAGAACACUCCCGGUAGCUGUGGCGCGUGUGGAAACAUUUGCGCAGCAGGUGAGAGUUGCUGCAAUGGAGCCUGCACCAACCUCCAGAACACUCCUAGCAACUGUGGAAGUUGUGGGAACACUUGCCCUGCUGAAUCGACUUGUUCAUCAGGCGCCUGCAUAUGCGCGAGUUUCCAGGAGCAGGCCACAUUCGACCUGGGGCCUGCGCCGAGGUCUGUAGCAUUGGGCGACUUUAACGGAGAUAGCUAUCUCGAUAUCGUGGCUGCGAAUACCGCCGACAAUUCAGUGAGCGUCUUGCUCGGGACUGGAUCAGGGAGCUUCCAGCCGCAGGCCACAUUCCCUGUGGGGUCCUUUCCGUACGGGGUUGCAGUGGGUGACUUCAAUGGAGAUAGCUAUCUCGAUAUCGUGGCUACGAAUAGCGACGGCAAUUCAGUGAGCGUCUUGCUCGGGACUGGAUCGGGGAACUUCCAGCCGCAGGCCACAUUCCCCGUCGGGUCCACUCCGCUUGGUGCUGCAGUGGGCGACUUCAACGAAGAUGGCUAUCUCGAUAUCGUGACUACGAAUGUCAACGGGGGUACAGUGAGCGUCUUGCUCGGGACUGGAUCAGGGAGCUUCCAGCCGCAGGCCACAUUCCCAGCGGGGUCCAGGCCGUUCGGUGUUGCAGUGGGCGACUUCAACGAAGAUGGCUAUCUCGAUAUUGUGGCUGCGAAUAACGACGGCAGUAAUUCAGUGAGCGUCUUGCUCGGGACUGGAUCAGGGAGCUUCCAGCCGCAGGCCACAUUCGGCGUGGGGCCCCAGCCGCUUGGUGUUGCAGUGGGUGAUUUCAACGGAGAUGGCUAUCUCGACAUCGUGGCUGCAAAUCAGGGCGGCAGUUCAGUGAGCGUCUUGCUGGGGACUGGAUCAGGGAGCUUCCAGCCGCAGGCCACAUUCCCCGUGGGGUCCUUUCCGUUCUUUGCUGCAGUAGGCGACUUGAACGGAGAUGGCUAUCUCGAUAUCGUGACUACGAAUAGCGGCGGCAGUUCAGUGAGCGUCUUGCUCGGGACUGGAUCGGGGAACUUCCAGCCGCAGGCCACAUUCCCCGUCGGGUCUUUUCCGCUUGGUGUUGCAGUCGGUAACUUGAACGGAGAUGGCUAUCUCGAUAUCGUGGCUACAAAUGCCAACGACGGUACCGUGAGUGUCUUGCUGGGGGGGGCCUGCGGUGCUUAA